CCGAGCAGCAAAAACAUCAUAGCACAUUCCUGGGUAGUGCUCAGCUGCCAGCAUCUGAUUAAAACCAUAUCUCUCGCUGUGAGUGGCUAACUAAUCCGAAGGCGAGAGUGCCACUGAAUAUUUAACCGGGCCCUCGCUCCCCGUCAGGCUGCCAGCUGCGGUUCUCCUCGGAUCAUGCACGGAGCGGCACGGAUCUAGCCUGUAAAAUAUUAUGCCUGCCUACUGAUUGUUACUUGGAUUUCAAACUACAGCAAGCAUAGCUGACAGCCAUCUCAUCAUGUCUACUGAAGCUGAAACUACUUCUACUGUAAACAACCAGCCAGUGCACCAGGCUCCGCCAAAAACACAACCUUCAAAGAAAGAAAAAAAGAAAGGGCCAGAAAAGACAGAUGAAUCUCUCCUGACCAGAUUCAAAGGGGAUGGUGUGAGAUACAAAGCUAAAUUGAUUGGCAUUGAUGAUGUGCCAGAAGCAAGAGGAGACAAAAUGAGUCAGGAUUCAAUGAUGAAGUUAAAGGGAAUGGCAGUAGCAGCUCGUUCCCAGGGUCAACACAAGCAAAGGAUCUGGGUGAACAUCUCCCUCUCUGGUAUCAAGAUCAUAGAUGAGAAAACUGGGGUCAUCGAGCAUGAGCAUCCAGUAACCAAAAUCUCUUUCAUUGCUCGAGAUGUAACAGAUAAUCGUGCCUUUGGCUAUAUUUGUGGAGGAGAAGGCCAGCACCAGUUUUUUGCCAUAAAAACAGCACAGCAGGCUGAGCCUCUAGUUGUUGAUCUUAAGGACCUCUUCCAACUAAUAUAUAACAUGAAGAAGAAGGAAGAAGAGGAAGGCAAGAAAAAGAGUGAAGAAGCAAAUAAGACUCAGAAUGGUAGCGAGACCCUAUCUGCAGGUCAAGCUAACAAACUGAAACUGGGAGUUGACCAGAUGGACUUGUUUGGGGAUAUGUCAACACCUCCUGAUGUGAGCAGUCCCACAGAAACUAAAGAGAUUCUCUUAGUGGAUCUUAACUCAGAAAUUGAGACCAAACAGACUUUUACAAAAGAGGAUCUCUUCUUGAAUGGCAUCACACCUUCCCUUCCACAACCAAAGCCACGGCCACCCUUCUUGCCAGAAAGUUCUUUCUCUACCAAUCUCAACUUCUUUCCCACACCUAAUCCAGAUCCUUUCAGUGAUGAUCCUUUUGCACAGCCAGACAAAUCCACACCACCUUCAUUUGAUUCUCUAAAAUCUGCUGAUCAGAAGAAGGAAAAUCUGAGUACCUUGACAUCGGUGGGUAAUGGUGCUUCAAAUGGUGAUGUUGACUACUUUGGUAAGCAGUUUGACCAGAUAUCUAAUAGAGUUGGCAAACGAGAAGCACUAACAAGCCAGUGGCCAUUUGACAGUAAGCCACCCACAGCAAGAACUCCAAAUGGGGUACCAGAGAGAGAACAGAAUGGCUUUCUUAAAGCCCCAUCAAACCUCUUUGUGGAAGAUCCUUCCAAAGGAGUAACUCUGCAAAAUGGAGUAAAGCUGGAUUCUGAAAGCAAUAUCCAGCUCUUGUCACAUGAAUCUAUAACAAUUAGCCCACCACCACAAAGUAACAAGCCAGGAAGAGGAAGGAGGUCUGUCAAGACUGCAUCAAAUGACUUGUUUAGCUCGGACUUUUUUGCACCAACUACAGAGAGCCUUGGCUUAAACUCGUCAGUACAGACAGGACCAGUGCAAACUAAUCGAGUGGACCUCUUCAAAACAAGCUCUGCCACAGCCCCUCCAUUGGCUGGCCUAGGUGGCUUGCCAUCACCAUGGAAUACGGAGAUGCCUGCCUUCACUCAGGCCACAUCUGUCUUUCCUGGGUCUAUGAUGCCUACCCAGUCUCCAGGAUUUACUCAACAACUUACUUUUGGCUCUCAAGCAGUGCCAAGCUGGAGCCAGCCUGGAUCUUUUGGUCCAACAGCAUCUCAGUCCUCUGGCCUCUGGGUACAGCCAGCACAACUUCCAUCUGCUCCAUGGGUACAGCCAUCCAGUGCUGUAAAUCCCUUCCAGAGUAGUGUGUUUGCACCUUCAACACUACCAGCUCAGACACAGUCUGUAAUGCCCUCUGUGUCAACAACAAGCCCACCUCAGCCACCACCUAGAACUGCACCUCAGAAGGAGUUAUCCAAGAAAGAGAGUGAUGCUUUUAUUGCUCUGGAUCCACUUGGUGAUAGAGAGAUGAAGGACGUCAAAGAAAUGUUCAAAGAUUUCCAGCUGACAAAGCCACCUGCAGUACCAGCAAGAAGAGGAGAGCAGCAAAGUUUUUCAGAACCACUGAAGCCUGUUCCCAGACAAAGUGCACUACCAAUUGAUGGCCUGUUUGAAAGUCAACCUAAACCAGACCUUUUCAAUGUCUCCUCUGAAUCUCAGAAGCAACAUUCUGGCCCAUUUGGUGGUCCUUCUGGCAACCCUUUUGCAUAGACCAGUAUACUAGGCAUAAACAGGAAAGGAGAAAUGGAAUAACUGGACCUCUUUUCAACAUCCAAUUUCUACUUUUUUCAUUUUUGUCUGCCACUCUUGCUGUCGUUCCAUGAUGUGUCAUCUAAAACAUGUCCAGGUGGAUUGAAGCAUAAACACUGAAGAACAUGCUGUGAAGACAGUAAUUCAGGGCGAAUGGAAACUUACACUCAACCUUGAAGACCCAAAAUCAAAUUGGUGGAUGUUAAUUUUACUUUAGGCUUUGCAGUUGUUUGUGGAAGAGCUUAGCAGCACUAAGUCACGUGUUUUAUACAAUGCAGUCACCUCAAUUUCUCUUUAUUGUAGCACUUACUGUCCUGAAACAUGGGAAUUGAAUGUACCUAGGGAAGAAAUGCUGCCUUAACAUAAGGGAAUUGAAUUAGUGGCUGCUCCACACUUUAAACAACUAGGUCAGUUGAUGUAUGUUUAGACAAUAUCAGCCAGUUGUAAAGUUAUGUGGAUAUUACAUGCUUCUAAAUGAUGAAUGAACAUAUGACUUGGUCUCUAAGCCAUAAAGAUUGCAUGAAACUGGGUGUUGGGGGGAGGGGGAACAUAUCCAAUACACUUGUUCCAUUAACUAAUGGUAAAAGUAGCAUUCUGCCAUAAACAUAUAAUAAAGGGACUAACCGUAGGGUCUUCAACAGAGCUGCUGGGGUCCUGAGCAAUAGGGGUCUACUGCAGGAUCAAAUAAGCUGAAACAUUUCUUGAAGGACAUUGAGGUAUUCAUGGACACUAACUGUUGUAUUGGUGCUAAUAUAGCUAUUUGAGGGAGGGAAAUCUAUGAAGAUUACCUUUCUUUAUCAAGGUGGCUUGGCAGACAAAUGGAACAAGCAGAUAGGUCAGACAUGAUGUAGUACAACGUUAUUCCAGUGUGUUAGAAAGUAAAAAGACAAUCAUUGCUUUACUCUAUGCCUUGAUUCCUUGUGAACAGAUAUACCAUCUCUGUGUCAUUAAUGUGAGGCAUAAUCUCUUAAACAGUGCCUUUCCAAAAAAAAAAAAAAAAAAAAAACCUCUUUACUAACAGACCUUUAAAUCAGAAAUCAGUCUGAUGUUACAACUAGUUGUAACACUUUGUCAAUGGGGAUAGCUGAUAUCUGAGUGGUUGUUGUUUUUUUGUUUUUUUGUUUUUUUCUGUUAAUACUAAGUAUAAACUUGAAAUAGUAUAAAUCAAAUGCCUAAGCAGUUGCUGAACUGGAGAUCUAAGAAAAUCAACUUGAAGACAGCCUUAGUACUCAAUUCAGCAGGUCAUGCAAUUAUAUAAACCUUUCUUGCACUUUCUGUAAUGCAAAAAAAGCUAUGAAUUUAAAUAUUUGUCUCAAACUGGAAAUGUAGAAACUUCUGGAUAUUACACUGCUAUAUAGAACUGUAGUAUCUCAAGUGAUGUUACCUAAUGACAUUAAAAACAAGCAACUCUCAUAGCAAAGAAACAUCUGUGUGGCUGUUGGUUUUAUCCUUACAACUCAGUCUUUUGAUAUAAUUGAUUCUAUGAUUUUUGGUGCUGGCUAAGAAUUGUUUCACAGGUUCCUAACAUAGCUGUUUGACAGCAUUCUCUUAAGUCUUUCUGUAGCAUAUUGUGUCUCAGGCCUGUUCAACGUGAAUUGCUCCUCAUUAAAUUCUCAGCUGACUUAAGUGUUUCCUGCUAGUAAUGUGGAUAGCCAACAAGAAUAAAUAAAUGGGAAAUUUUCUGUCUUAGGUGGCUGUCAGCUUUAAUUUUUUUCUGAAUAAUUUAGAAUAAGUUCUUACUUAAAUCCGUUGUUACUGGCAUUGAUUAGUAGCUUGAAAAAUGCCUAUUUGGAAGGAAGUUCAUUUUUCAUUUCCAUAUUGAAGUAUAGGCAUUCAAAGAAUCACUUUUGGCUGCAAGGAGAUGUGAUUUAGUAUCUGGAGAUACUAUCUAAUCUAAACCUUAAAAAAUUCUGUUCUUUAGUGCUUAAGUGAAGGGCUACUCUUUUAAAUACACUAUACAUUUGAAAUCAGCAAAUAAUCAUUUAGAAGCUUUUCAGGCUAAAAUUAAUAGCCCUAUGAUGCUGGGGCUUGACAAAAGCUGACAAGAUCAAUAAAUUAUAAAAUAGCUUGGGUUGUAAGGGACCUGUUGUGGGUAGGGUUGCCAUCCACUAGAUCAGGCUGCCCAGGGCCUCAUGCAGCCUGGUCUUAAACACCUCUGGGGAUGGGGCAUCCAUUGCUCUCUGGACAGCCUGUUUCAGUGCCUCACCACCCUCUGUAUAAAGAAUUUUCACCUAACAUAAAUCUCAUUUAUUUUAGAUUUAAAGCCAUUCUCCCUUUUACUGUCACUGUCGGACCAUGUAAAAAGUUGGUUUCCUUUCUGUUUAUAAGCUCCCUUUAAAUACUGGAAGGCUGAAAAGAGUUAUCCCUGUAGCCUUCUCUUCUCCAGACUGAACAAGACCAGCUCCCUCUGCAUUUAUUCAUAGGAGAAAUGCUCUGGCCUUCUGAGGAUCCUUGAGGCCUCCUCUGAACCUGCUCCAAAAACUUCACAUGUUGUUGAUCACUGAUUGCUGUUAGAAGGACCUCUUAGAGACUGGCUGAAGAUGCUUGUUGGUUGGCUAACUGAGCUUAAAUAGCUGUUUAUUCUGACUUACUUUCUGUCUUAAAGAACAGUCAUCUGUGUUGGUGUAUAUAUAGCACUAGCUGAAGCUAAUGAAGAAACUACAAUAUUACAAGCAUCUGUGUCUCAUAUUCUUGCUCAACAAAUGAGUUUUAUGCAAAUGGGACUCAUCAGAUUGGAUUAUUGCUGCAUAAAAUCAAGUGUUAGACAGGAAAAAAAAAAACAACAACAAAAAACUCUGCCUUAUUCCACCCCUCCAAAAAAAAAAAGGGGGGGAACAAAAAUAGAAGUAAAUUUCUCAAUUUUGCAUCAUAAUGUAGAGUAUACUUAGAAUAGAUUAUAAAGUUUGAGUUCAAAUACUUAAGUAAUAUUUAACUGCUAAACAGCAGGUUAUUUUGAGUUAUUUCUGUCUUGGGGUUGUACACAAGACAUGGUAUCUUAAAUUCUUAGAUCUGGGUUACAACAAACUUCUGAAUAAGAAUGAUCUUCUGGAGAGCUGGCUUGGAGUUGGGCUUUGGUGAUAGAGACUUGAAAAGGCUUUGAAACAAAAAAAGUACUGCUCUUCUCUAUUAGUAGGAAGAGAAGAAAGAAUGUCACUACUUUAUUCUUCCAGUGUUCCACAUGAGGAUCGCAAAGAUGUUAAAAGUAACAUCCUCAGCUAAGGAUCAGUUUACUGUAGACCCUAGCUUAGGGUCAACAGGCUUCUGGGGAAAGAGUUGUUUAGGGCAAUAGGUAGGGUAGUGGGACUGUGUGAUAUAGGCAGCACUGCAGCAGCUGCAGCGUUUACUACUGGAAGUGUUUACUACUAGUAUAUUUGUUUACACUAGUAUAGUGACAGUGGAAAUUCCAAGGCAUCAGAGGCAGGUAAGAGAGUAAAACAGGUUGUCAAACAACCCUGCAAUUACUGAGCUAUUGAAAAUUCAAUGGUUAGAAACAUGCAUAUGUUGAUUCAGUAUCUCAGUAACAGCUUACUUCAUAUGUAACCUGAACAUAUAAUAAAUAGUACUUGAAAGUUGAAGAGACUGGUGUAUCUUCCUUGUCCAAAAUGCAGCUUUCUCAGGUUUUUGGAAUCAGGUUACAUCUGUUUUGUCUCCUGCUGUGUUUAUACAAGGAAAGGGCAUCAUUAUAAUAGAGGGCAAUGCACUGUAUGCAACAGAAGCUCCAUCACACUGAGAAGUGCUUGUCUGCUGAUCGGGUGGGUGCAGGAGCCCCACUGUAGUACAGAGGCAGCAGCAUUUACUUGGAAAGGUGCAGAAGGAGAGCUACCUUGGAGUGGAUGGAUACUCAGAAUUAAAGGCCAAAACUGAAGUAAAUUACAAAGAGUAACCCAGGCAAGCUAGGCUUCAGUAUCUCAUCAUUCUUCUGCUGUGCAGCAUUGCUACCUGUGAAGAUACAGUCACCCAAAAUUAUUGGCCUUGGUUUUCAAAAUGGAUAAGUCAUCCUACAGUGCUUUGGUAUGUACAGUCUAAGCGUCAAGAGACACGUUUUUCUAUAACGUGAUAGCUUUUCACUCACUGAGAGUCAGGAGUUUCAUAGUGUGUGAAGUUGGGCACUAAAAUGAAUAGUCGCACUGGAAAUUAUAGGUCUUCAUCUGAAACCAAACUGGCAAAGUGUUACACUCAGCAAGGUAUGAAUAGUUAGAGACCUAAGCACUUGUUUGCUUUUUCCAGCUGUACAUUAGCCUUCUAGCAAAUAACAUGUUUAUUCAUGAGCUUUCUUUUAACUCAGGAAAACAUUUAGACAUUUGUUUAGGCUUACCGACAAUUCCACAAGCUUAAUACGCUCAGAAAUUAGAAAGUCAUACUGAAGCAUUAUGCCAAUUUGAGAUGUGCUGGUAUGCCUUCGCUUCAAGUACGAAGGUCAUGGUCACAAUCUGAAAAGGGGAAAAAACUGUCUUAAUAAAUUUUUGAGUUUUUUUCUCCUGGUAAUUUUAAGCCAGCAAAGAAAAGUUAGGCAGUUAAUCUGAGUAACAAGUACUUCUAUGAAAGAGGCGGAAAACAGCUAGAAAAUGCUUCCAAAAUAUUGAUCUACAAUUUAAAUACAAACUCAAUGUGAUUUUAGUAUGCUGCUCAGGGUUAUACUGGCAUGUGGGUUUUUUUGACAGCUCUUCAGAAAAAGCUUUUCUCAGGGGGAUGAGAGUACAGAAGGCUGUAUCUCCAACAGGAGAAAGAUGAGCAGCUGGAACGCAUCGUUGCACUGUAACCCCUGCAUCUAGAAGAAGGGUAAGCUGUAACCGAAUGUCUCCAUACCAAAGCAACAAUCAAAAAAGCGUUAUCAGUUUAUGGGAAAAUAUCAAAUUGCAGCUCCUAAAAUAGCAGGUUUGUGAUUCGAUGAAACCCGUAAUCAUUUCAGACCUGAAGCCAUAAUAAUAAGGGAAGACUGUGUCCAGAUGUGCAGAGCUAGUCAAGUACUCCCACUGAAAAUUUCUGUGGAAAGAUUUUUAUGGCCAGGUUGAUAUUCCUAUUAAGAACACUACUUUUUCUUCUUUUAAACAUUAAAGAAGCAGUCUUUUCAAUUAGAAUAGAUUUUUCUUUUCUUAGGGGCCUCUUUUAAGAGUACAAAAAAAAAAAAAAAAAAGAAA